AUUGUGCCUUUUUUCUUAUAACUUCACGAAGGCCUUUGAGCAAGUUGGUCACGUUUUUUGCCAAUAUAAGACUGUACAGCAGUACACCUUCCACUACACCACGUCCAUUGCAGACACCUUUAUUUCGACUUCAAACUAAAUACUAAAUUAAUUGACAAGCAGUAUGUUUCAUCUUUGGUUCGGAAUCUUGGUUGUAGCUCUGGUAGCUGCUGAGGUACAGGUACCAGACGACAUUGCCGGUGUUUACGGUGAGCUGCGAGAUGACAAACCGGAGCCAUGCUGUGCGCCGAGCUAUUCUACCUUCAAGUCCACUCACUUCCUGACGUACUCCUUGGGUGAAGGUGUCAGUGUUGAGAUGCAACGGGCCAGCACAGCCUACGACAGCGUCUCAAAGAGGACAGCCAGCAAGACGCACCUGGGAUUCUUCAACGGGACGGAAGAAUAUUACCACACCAUUGAUGACUACGCCGCCGGAGUUUCGUAUUCUAUCGCAAGGUUUAGCGGAGAAUUAACCUGCAGGGUGAACGAGUUAAAGAAAAGGUUUCAGGAGGACUGUAUUCCAGAGGACGCCACCUACGUCGGCUCGCAUAGCCUGGGUGACCGUGCAGUAGAGGUCGACUCUUGGUACAUGUUGGAGAAACAACCCGGGCAGGACGUCCACCGCGUCUCCACCCUUCAGACAGAUGAAUGUGUGCUCCUGUACUCCACUGCCCGAUACGUCAGUCCAGACACUGGGGUAACAUUUACUACUGAGAACAAUCACAUCACCGACUUCAAGCUUGGCAUCUGUGAAAGCGAAGAAGAGGAAUUUUUCCACGUCCCUGACAUCUGUCACGAGCGUGCGGCCAAUGAUGACUCAAAGAUUCCUGCAGAACUGCUGAAGAAAAUCACACGGCUGAGCCCAACACUGACACGUGGCCUAUAACUGAACACAGAAUGCUUUGAUAUAUUUAGGCAGUCAAUAAGAAUUGCUUGAAGAAUGAUUGCAGAUUAAGCCUAUUCCCAGUUCUCUUUAACGCACUUCAUUAUACCAUGGUUAGCUCGAGGGUUUUAAAAUAUACUUUAGAUAAGAGUUUAGAAUUAGAUCAUCGGGAGAGAAGUGUCCAGGUUACGUUUCCGGGUUAGAUAAGAGUUCGUCAAAAAACGUUUGAUACCGUUGUUCCUGGUUUAAUUGAUUUAGAACAAUUAACUAUUAAAAUGGUACGUAAUCAAUCCUAUUGAUGGAGCAAGCCGAACACUUGGCAACUGAUCCAGCCAUUGACACUGCACUAGGGCGGCCGCCAUGUUCGCACUGCCUUGCUCCCGCUUGCAACUUCUUCUGCAGGCUAGUUAAGUCAUUUACCUUAACACGCAUGUGUGGAACACGUCAGUUGAGUGAAUUUUAUUUCUUGAAUUGUAUUUAUGCAAGUCCAUUCCUGAGCGAUGAAAUAAAUUUCACAUUUCUUAUUCCUGAUUCAUGAUCCCGGAGGAUUUCUUUUUGCCGGGAAGUUAAUCCCAGUGAACUAUUGCGUUAACAAAUGACGCGUGCGCAAUGCAGAAACAAACAAUUGCAUCCCGUUGCUGUGCUAACGACCGGCCUUGCAUAUUCAUUUCGAUGGUCAAUAGAUUUAGAAGAAAAAAAAGCUUAUUUCUUUAAUUACUCAACUAUCUCAGAUAAAUGUGACCUGCCAUAUCGUAUAAUGAGGAAUAACCCCACCUUUGAGUUUUCAAGUUACCUACAUCAUGUUAAAGCGCAUGAGUCGGUGUAGGCUAGGCUGCACCCUCGCAUCGCAUCGCAUCGCAAAGCGCAGAUCAUUGAAUUUCCUAUGAUACUUGGAAUGAUUUAAUUUAUUCCAAAGAUAUGCCACAGGAACUUCAACAGAGUCGCGCCUGAUUUCGCAAACCUCACUUCGAGAAAAACGGCUUUGAAAAAAGAAAUCCGCAUUGAGCCGCUAACUUUUGGGGAUAUUUUUCGCAACAAAAAUGCAUAGUGUGACUCUUGGAUACCUUGGCUACUCAAAUAAUAAGAAAAAACCCUGAUAUUUAUUUUGACAUGAUUUCUUUGUGUAUGCAACUUCAGGCGUUGAUUACUCAAAACAUGGGUUCGGGGGACAUUCCUCAUUAUGCUACAGUAGGUCACAAAUAUUAUUGAUAUUGGUGAUUAUGGAACCUGUCAGCUCGUAACUACCUUUAUAAAUUUCAAUUUUCUAUUUUCUGUUAGUUAAAUAGCAAAGAACAAACAAUGA